AAGGGGAUGAGGAAGACAUGGAGGGAGGGACCGGCGCUCCUCUGCUGCCCUCUGCUGCGGGGCCCCGCGCCGCUGCGCUCCCUCCGAGCUCCCGGGAGAGCCGGGACAGCGCCGGGCAGCGAGGAGACGGGAAGGGAGCCGGGAACUGCCGGUGCCAGGCGGCGCCCGGCCUGCCCCUGAUGGAGCGGAUGGAGACGGGCACCUGCAGGGACCAAGGCCGCUCCAGGAGGCGGAAACACAAUACUGACACAUUUGAGGGGAACCUGAAGUUUUGCCUUCUGAUUCUGAACCAGCCUUUCAACAAAGAUCAUUUUCAUUGUCUCUGGAGCAGAGCUGCCCUGAGAGCUUGUGCUGAUGGAGGUGCCAAUCAUCUCUACCACAUCACAGAAGGGAGCCAGGAAAGCUUCUUGCCUGAUUACAUCAGUGGUGAUUUUGAUUCCAUUCAGCCUGAAGUCAAGGAGUACUACAAGGCCAAGGGAUGUGAGUUAAUUGAGACCAUGGAUCAGGACCUCACAGAUUUCACCAAGUGCCUUCAAAUACUCCAGAAGAAGAUAGAGAAGAAGGGCCUCCAGGUCGAUGUGAUUGUGACUUUGGGCGGAUUGGGAGGACGCUUUGACCAAACAAUGGCAUCGGUGGAAACACUUUUUCAUGCAACAAAUAUCACUCCUUCUCCGGUGAUAGUUAUCCAGGAGUGCUCACUGAUUUACCUGCUUCAAUCUGGAAGAACUAAGAUGCACAUCACAACUAAAUAUUCCGGCUCCUGGUGUGGGCUCAUCCCCAUCGGGAACCCCUGCGAGAGUGUGACCACGACAGGCCUUAAAUGGAACCUCACUAACCAGGUGCUGAAGUUUGGAACACUCGUCAGUACUUCCAACACCUAUGACAACUCUGGGAUUGUAACCAUCGAGACAGACAAACCUUUGCUGUGGACAAUGGCUAUCAAGAGAUGAGAUCAGCUACAGCUGCCUUUCCUAAUCUGACACAACUCAAAUUACUAUAAAAUUUCACUGGAUUAAGACAGUAAAGCUGCUGCAAGAUAUAAGCAGGCAGUGGUUUUCUGUAUUUAAUGAAAAACAAGUCUGAAAUAAAACUCACUUGAGAUUGAAUCAAAAUUACUUGAAGUAAUAAGAGUACUUCAUUCUGGUAACUCACACUACUUAAUCAGAAGAUGCAUGAGCAGCCACUCAGUACAACCACAAACUGAAAUGAAUGUAAAGAAACUAAUGCUGUUUAUCUGGUUAGCUGAGGCUACUUUUACAAAGUAUUUUAUUCCAAUACAAAACUAUUUUCCCCCUCCUGCCAAAUGGAAAUACAGUACCCAGCUGCACAUAUAUAACCGUAUUACAAGGUGAUAGCACUAAAAUUAGUUCAGUUCAUUUUGCCAUCCUGCUUUGUAACAUAUGUAGAUGCUGAUGAAGAUUUUUCAAGAAUAGUAAUUAUGCUUUUCUACUUAAGAAGCAAGUUGGUGUACUGAAGAAGCUUCAAUUUUGCUGUAAUACUAAUAUCAGAUGUCCCAGUAUUGUUUUUAAAGUCUGUAAUAGAAGUACCAUUGUAUCUUCUGCAAAUAUCAAAUGCUUACAGUAAGAUUUUUGAAGUGAAUUAAAUGUUUCAAUAUCAGUCUGAGGAGGAAGAGCACUGCACCUACCAGUUUUUGCAGGCUUAGUUCUUAAAAUCAAAAUAUGCAGUCAUUUAAAAUAAUGGUAACUUAUGAUUUUAUGUACAGAAUAGGAUCCAAAAUGGGUGUAUAUCCUAUCCAACAGCGUGAGCAAGUUGUGGAUUUACUGAAGGACUGCUCAGUGUCUCUGACAACUAAAUUAUCCUCAAAUGGUACAUCUCAGUAAUCAAUUAUGUUUGGAUUUUUUAAUUAUGCCAUCAGAAUAAGGACUGGCAAUUCAA